UACAUGCUUUCAGACUGGGGGUGUAGGCUAUUUCAGAGCCCUGAUUCGCUCCUGUCAUGCCCCCACCCCCGAAAAAAACUUCUCUAAACCACUGCACUCCUGCAACUCGCAGCUCAUGUGUCUGCGCCCGGUUGCUUAACACUCACGUGAAGAUGGCCGAGCCAAACGUUUCGGAAAACGUAGGUCCCUCGCUCGACAGUCUUUUUGAGCUGGAUCCUCGUCUUAGACCGUAUGAAACAGACUUCCGGAGGAGGUACGGGCUUUUUCAGAAACGGCUCGCCCAGCUGGAGGAGGCCGAGGGGGGCUUCGAUCAGUUCUCGCGCAGCUACCAGACUUUCGGGGUACGGCGACUCCCCAGCAAUGGGCUCUCCUUUAAAGAGUGGGCCCCUGGAGCCGAGGCACUGUUCCUGACGGGGGACUUCAAUGACUGGGACCCUUCCUCGCACCCCUACACCAAGAAAGAGCACGGGAAGUGGGAGCUGUACCUCCCGCCCAAAAAGGACAAGUCCCCGCCCAUCCCGCACGAGUCCAAGCUGAAGAUUGUGGUUCUAACAGAGGAGGGUGAAAGCCUGUUCCGAAUCUCACCCUGGGCCAAGUACGUCACCAAGAGGCUGGACUCCAACACCUACGACUGGAUCUACUGGGACCCUGUUCACCCCUACCUUCACAAGCACCCGCGCCCCAAGAAGCCGAAGAGCCUGCGGGUCUACGAGGCGCACGUGGGCAUCGCCUCGCCGGAGGGGAAGAUCGCCACGUACAACAACUUCACCCUCAACGUCCUGCCCCGCAUCAAAGACCUGGACUACAACUGCAUCCAGCUGAUGGCCGUGAUGGAGCAUGCCUACUACGCCAGCUUUGGUUACCAGGUUACCAAUUUCUUUGCGGCAUCCAGCCGUUUCGGGACCCCCGAGGAGCUGAAGCGGCUCAUCGACGUGGCGCACUCCCUGGGCAUCGUGGUCCUGCUGGACGUGGUCCACAGCCACGCCUCCAGCAACACGGAGGACGGCCUCAACAGGUUCGACGGCACCGACGCCUGCUUCUUCCACGCCGACGCCCGCGGGGAGCACGCCCUCUGGGGCAGCCGGCUCUUCAACUAUUCCAGCUGGGAGGUGAAGCGCUUCCUUUUGUCCAACCUACGCUGGUGGAUGGAGGAGUACCGCUUCGACGGCUUCCGGUUCGACGGCAUCACCUCCAUGCUCUACCACCACCACGGCAUCGGUGAGACCUUCACGGGGAAGCUCUGCGAGUACUUUGGCAUGCAGGUGGACGAGGACUGCCUGGUGCACCUGAUGGUGACAAACCACCUCCUGCACACCCUUUACCCGGAUUGCAUCACAAUCGCAGAGGACGUUUCGGGGAUGCCGGGACUGUGCCGGGCAAUCACCGAGGGAGGGUGUGGCUUUGACUACCGCCUGGCCAUGGCCAUACCGGACAAGUGGAUCCAGAUACUGAAAGAGUACAGGGACGAAGACUGGGACAUCGGCGACAUCAUCCGCACUCUGACCAAUAGGAGGUCGGGAGAGCCCUCCAUCGCGUAUGCCGAGAGCCACGACCAGGCACUGGUGGGGGACAAGUCUCUGGCCUUCUGGCUCAUGGACAAGGAGAUGUACACCAACAUGAGCCGCCUGGACCCCAUGACGCCCGUCAUCGACCGUGGCCUCCAGCUCCACAAGAUGAUCCGGCUGCUCACGCACAGCCUGGGCGGGGAGGCCUACCUCAACUUCAUGGGCAACGAGUUCGGUCACCCGGAGUGGCUGGACUUCCCCCGGAAAGGGAACAAGGAGAGUUACCUGUACGCCCGGCGGCAGUACAACCUGGUGGACGCGGAGCACCUGCGCUACAGGCAGCUGUACGCCUUCGACCGCGACAUGAACCGCACCGAGGACAAGUACGGCUGGCUCUCCUCCGCUCCUGGCAUUGUUACCACUAAGCACGAGGGAGACAAAGUCAUCGUCUUUGAGCGGGCCAGCUUGACCUUCAUCUUCAACUUCCACCCGACCGAGAGCUACAGCAACUACAGGGUGGCAGUGGCGUCUCCUGGAAAAUACACCAUUAAGCUGGACUCGGACGACCAGCAGUACGGGGGCCAUGGGCGGCUGGAGCACGGCACCGAGUUCUUCACCGAGCCGGUCCACUUCAAGAGCUACCCCAACUCCAUGCUGGUCUACCUGCCCUGUAGGACAGCCCUUGUUCUGGCCAACGAGGAGAUUGAUUACUGCUAUUAGAGGCGGUGACUCCGUGGAGCCGGGGAUCGUGGGAUACGCGCAUCGCCCCCUGAACGUCCCGUAAAGAUUAUCGGCCGGAUAGG